CCUCAGCCUCACACUGACUUGAUGCUGCAUCGGACCGUGAAGGCACCACCCGAGAAGAGCCAACAACAAAUGACUGCCAGGAGGAUUUAACCCGAAGAGGAAGAGGAGGAAGAGGAAGAGGAGGAGGAGGAGGAGGUGGGAUCCAGGACCGGAGCAGCAUCAGGACCACAGACCCCUGAUCUGAUCCACGUCUGUUCCAGAAGCAGAACCAGCCUCCAUCGGACCAGGAUGAGCGGUCUGAGUAAAAGAGAGCGCGAGCAGAAGAGGAAACUGCAACACUUCCUGAAUGACCUGGCUUUACUGGGAUCACUACAGGGUUUUAAAUAUUUUCAGCCUUGGCUUCGAGGAAAAGAAGAACUGCUGCUGACGGUGGUCAACGAAGACCUGGGUUGGCGCUCUCCAGGCUUCCUGGUCUCCAGAGCCUCCUCCUACUCGUCCUCCAGCAGCUGUAACAGCAGUGACGUCUCCCCCAGCAGUAGCUCCCCCAGCCUGGGCAGCCAGCGCAGCUCCCCCCUGCCCGGAGACCCAGACCCCGUCCCAGACCCCGUCCCAGACCCAGGCCCAGACCCAGGCCCAGACCCAGGCCCAGACCCAGGCCCAGACCCGGCCCGACAAGAGCCCCCGAGCCCCAGGAAGAACCAGACCUCCAGCAAGACCCAGCCCCAGCCUCCCAGGCAGUCCAGUACUGAGGACCACCUCCUCCCAGCGUCUCCCAGUGAACGAGAGAUCGCCGUCCCAGAGGUGAACUGUACUCUGUUCCUAUUGGCUGGAUACAUUAAAUAUGGACGUCCCUACGCCUGGAUUCGCUCCAACCACGAGCGUCUGGUCAACAUCGGAGGCACUGAUUCGCUGGUGAAGGACACGCCCAUGAAACUCAAGUCCAUCUCCGACUGGCAAACGCGAGGGAUCCGUGUUUGGGACGUGGUCAGUGAGCUGGUGUGUCUCUGCACCGUCCCCUCGCCGUCCAACCCCUUCGCCCUGGACAUGCGUUACGUUAAAAGUCUUCCCCUCCCAGACCGCUUCCUGGUCACCGGGGCGCUGCUCAACUUCCUGGAGACGUACGUGGUUUACGGAAACCGCGACGAGAUGCACUACGACAAAGUGGUGGAGGAGCUGAAGCCUCUGCGCCGUCUCCAUGUCCGGUCGCUCCUGGAGCUUCAGCGAGGCAGAGAAACGUCCAGACUGACCACGAGUCCAGCUGACCAGGACUCGGCCGGAGAGGAAUGACCACACCCACCUGGACUGGUGCAUUAUGGGAAAAACACAGUGAACAGCCUGUAUUUUAAUGAGUUGUUCAUGUGUUUUAA